UGAAGCUGAGAGAGCUCUAAACUGCAUUUGUUUUUUAAACUUUCUACAAACAGUUUGUAGGCCUGCAACUUCAUUUAUUGGGCAUCGUCGUUGCUCGCAAUCUGGAAUUGUUCAUCGACUUCUUGACAAUGAAAACUACCUGGAUUGGAGCGUUUGGGUGAAAACCUACUUGAUGGGUGAAAAUCUUUGGGACAUUGUGGAAUCCAUGGAUGAACCUCCAAAACCAGAAGAUGGUGAUAAAUUCAAGUAUUGGAGGUCCAAGAAUGCCUCUGCCCUCCAUGUUAUCCAAAUGUCUUGUAACGGUGAUGCUUUCUCUGAGAUCAGAAAUAUAACUUCUGCUAAAGAAGCUUGGGAUAUUUUGGAAGUAAAAUUCAAGCCUCAACCAGAAUCUACAGACAAAAUAAUCUCCGACGACGAAGUGAAUAAUCCAGACGAUCAAUACCAACUAUACGAACGGUUUCCCAAAGCUUUGAAAGAUGGAAACCUAGAUGCUACAAAGGAAAUCAUUACGCAAUACCCAAAUGCAGUAAGUAAAAUAAUCUCACGUACAGGGAGGACGGCUCUUUAUGUCGCGGCCAUUGCCGGACAUACAGAAAUUGUGGAGACACUAGUGGAGAAAAUGUUACCAGAAGACUUGGAAAUGAAAGACUCAAAUGGUAUUACAGCUCUUACAGUAGCUCUGUAUUACAAUGCAAAUACCAAAAUAGUUGAAUGCAUGGUUAAAAAGAGCAAGAAAUUACCAACCGUGGUUGAUUCAUGGGGGAUGCCGGUGAUAUGGGCCUUUCGGUAUUGUCCUAUUAAAAUGGCUCGUUAUCUAUAUUCAGUUACAACGAUAGAAGAUUUAAUAUCGUGGGAAAAUCAUGGAUAUGCUGCUGAGCUCAUAAGCCAAGCAAUAAUUACGAAAUGUUAUGAUGUUGCUUUGCAUCUUCUGCACCGUUGUCCACAGUUGGCCACAACUUUGGGAAUCUAUCAAUAUACUCCUGUGCAUAUAUUGGCAAUUUAUUCAAGUGGACGUCCGCUCAAAUUUUGGCAAAAAUGGAUAAAUGAAUCUAUAGUUAUAUAUGGAGACCGUGUCAUUAAAGAGAUAUAUACAAAACUCCCUACCAAUAUUGAUAUGAGCUCAGAUAAGGAAUUACGUGGCAAAGUUUGGUCAUUACAAAGAGUCGCAAUGCACUUUGACAUUUUAGGGUUCAACAAAAUAUAUGAAAUGAAAUUGCUCCACAUUCAAACCUCUGAACUUCUACGGCGAAUGUGUGAAGAAAUAAAAAAAUUAGAUGAGAACCAAAUAUCAAGAUCAGAUAUUAUAAUUGCGCUUUUUCGAGCUGUUGAAAAGGAAAAUUUUGAAUUUGUUGAAAGUAUAUUAAAGUUGAUUCCCGAUCUAGCGGAGGCCUACGAUAUCCAUGGGAGGAACAUAUUUAUGGCUGCAAUUAAUUGUCGCCAGGACAAAAUUUUUAGCCUUAUUCAUGGUGUUGGCACCAAAUUAGCAGCAACAAAUGAUGUAGAUGCAGAUAAAAAUAGCAUGCUACAUAUGGCUGGCUUUUUAUCGCCUCACCCGCAACUUGAUCGUAUUUCAGGAGCUGCUUUACAAAUGCAGAGAGAAUUACAAUGGUUUAAGGCGGUGGAGUCAGUUGUACCUCCAUGGACAUGUGGAUGGACAAACUCAAAGUUCUUGACGCCUCGACAACUAUUUACAAGAGAACACAAACAAUUGCUAUCUGAAGGAGAAAAAUGGAUGAAAGAGACAGCAACUUCAUGUACUGUUGUUGGUGCACUCAUUGUUACCAUCAUGUUUGCUGCAACAUUCACUGUUCCUGGUGGGAACGACGAAGAAACUGGUUACCCAAAGUUUCUUGAUGACAAAACAUUCAUGCUCUUCAUCAUAUCGGAUGCAAUCUCACUUUUCUCUUCCACUACUUCAGUUUUGAUGUUCUUGGGAAUCCUCACUUCAACAUAUGCUGAAGAUGAUUUCCUCAAAUCUUUGCCUAAGAAGCUCAUGAUUGGUCUUGGCACACUUUUCCUCUCCAUUGCUGCAAUGAUGAUAUCUUUCUGUGCUGCUGUUUGUUUGAUGCUUGAUGGUAAGAAAUCUUGGGUUGCGCUUUUUAUAAUUUCUCUGGCUAGUAUUCCAGUUACUUUGUUUGUUUUGAUGCAAUUCCCUCUUCUUAUUGAGAUUUACCUUUCUACUUAUAGGCCUAAUAUCUUUAAUAGGAAACCAUAACCUUGAUUAUAUAUAGAAAGUGCAUGCAAAUUGUGUGUUAUUAUUAUUAUUUACCAAUUUUCAUGUAUCAAAAUUGUUAUCUAUAAUAAACUUUUGUUUCAAAACUCUUUAGGAUAUCAUAUACCAAUGUUUUUUUUUUUCUUAUUUUAUUUAAUUUUCCUUGGAAGAUUUAUGAAGUUGAUAUAGGGGUUGUUGUAAUAGAUAUAUGAUAUUUGAGGAGAAAAUAGAAAACAUAUGUAUUUCUAUACUGUUUCGUUAUGUUCAACGAGGAUGUUCAUAUACAGCGAUAUAUUAUUUGAA